UGAUCCCUAUCGCGUCAUACUUAAAGCAACCAUUGAUGUAUAAAAGGAACACACUGUCAGCUGGUUGACUCAUCAAGACAUCCAUAAGAGACUCGGCAACUUAAAUAGCAAACAUUCAACAAUGUCAACAACAUGUCAGGUGAUCAAAUGCAAGGCAGCUGUUGCAUGGGAGCCUGGGAAGCCUCUGUCCAUUGAGGAUGUUGAGGUGGCUCCACCUAAGGCCCAUGAAGUCCGCAUCAAGAUUGUUGCCACGGGUGUGUGCCACACUGACUGGGAAUACCUGUAUGAGACUAAAAAAGGGAUGAAGUUUAGACCAUUCCCACUAGUUCUCGGCCAUGAAGCAGCAGGGGUAGUGGAGAGUAUUGGCCCAGAAGUCACCAAAUUCUCACCGGGUGAUAAAGUUAUUCCUCUUUUUCUGCCACAGUGUGAGGAAUGUGAACGAUGUCGGAGUCCUAAAACAAAUCAGUGCAGGAGGAACUGGGCAAAUACACAAGUGGGUGUAUUGGCUGAUGGCACAAGCAGGAUAUCUUACAAGGGGCAGCAGAUAUACCAGUUCCUUGGUGUCAGUUCUUUCUCCCAGUACACUGUGGUUCCCGAUACCUCACUUGCAAGGAUAAGAAGUGAUGCACCGCUGGACAAAGUGUGUCUGCUAGGCUGUGGUGUCUCCACUGGUUAUGGUGCUGCUAUUAAUACAGGCAAAGUUGAAAAAGAUUCCUUGUGUGCCGUAUUUGGGCUUGGAGCUGUUGGACUGGCUGCCGUCAUGGGUUGCAAGGCUGCUGGGGCAAAAAGGAUCAUCGGGGUUGACAUCAACCCUGACAAGUUUGAGAAAGCCAAAAUGUUUGGAGCCACUGAAUGUGUCAACCCCAAAGAUCAUAGCAAGCCCAUCCAGGAGGUUCUGGUGGAGAUGACAGGCGGAGGGGUAGACUAUGCUCUGGAAUGUGUUGGAAGUCCAGUUGUCAUGACCUCUGCACUUGAGUCUACAGCAGAUGCCUGGGGAAUCUGUGUCAUUGCUGGGUGGACGGAGACAGAAGCAAUGAAUGUCGUCGUUGAAAAGAUCCUUAUGGGACGCACCUUGAAGGGGACUUAUUUUGGAGGUUGGAAGAGUGUGCAGGAUGUGCCUAAAUUGGUGGAUGACUACAUGAACAACAAGCUGAAGCUGGAUGAGUUUAUCACCCACAACCUCCCACUGGAUCAAAUCAAUGUAGCCUUUGAACAUUUAAAAAAUGGGACAAGCAUCCGUACUGUAAUCAGUUUGUGGCAAGAGGCUAAACCUGAAGUGGCUACCUUUAUAAUCUGAUGGAUUGACAUUCAGUGUCAUUGUAAUGAUAUUUUGCAUACAACUCUGAAGUGUAUUUUUGAAAAUGUUAUGCUCUUUUUCUCAAAAGAUUAAAAUGUUUCCCCUGCUUGACUUUGUAGCAAAUUACCUCAUUGGCCACUAGAUGGCAGUUUUAUGUCACGUAAAAGCUUCCGUGUUUGUGUCGAUGAAUGCCAUCUAACUUGAUAAAGACAUUGCUUAUAUCUGA